AAAACUGUAACAUAUCCCUUUAAUGUCAAAGUCGGGUAGGCGAGACAAAUACUGUUAUUUUUAUUAUAUAAUGCUGUUAUGCUUGAUGUAAACAUAACUCAAACAGAAAGCUGAUGACUAUUAUAAAUCGUACAAAACAAUGAGUUCAUUCUUAACAUGUCCAUUAAAAAAAACUCAAGCAGUUGAUAUAAUAAAGCCUAUUUCAAACUACAUAACUAAUACAUUUUCUAGCAGUGUGCUUAAUGAAAAUAAAAAUGUAAUUGCAGAAUUCAGCCAGCUUCGUGGAAAUGCAGUUGUUCAUUCUUUAGAUAAACAUGAAAUAUCAGUAGAAACUCUACAAAGGUAUUAUGAUCAGUUAGUAGCCAUGGAGGGGAAAUUGCCAAUAGCAGAAGAUCAGAUCCGAAUAUCAUUCACAUGGUAUGAUGCCUUUAAUAAAGGUUCUAUUUUUGGAUCAACAAAAUGCUCUCUCAGUAGUGGGGAUUAUGAACGGUUCUGUGUUUUGUUUAACAUGGCUGCACUUUUAUCACAGCUAGCAAGCAUACAAAACCUUUCUACAGAUGAUGGAUUAAAAACAGCAGCAAAAUAUUAUCAGCAAUCAGCUGGGAUGUUCUCAUAUUUAAAAGAUAAUGUUUUCCCAGCUCUUCAUACACUACCAACACCAGACUUUUCUGUAAGCUGUUUGACUGCUCUUGUAUCUAUUAUGCUUGCACAAGCUCAGGAUUGUUUCUAUCAAAAAGCCUCAUCAGAUAAAAUGAAAGAUGCUGUUGUUGCAAAAAUUGCAAUGCAAACCUCAGACUUUUAUCAAGAUGCCAAUCGAAAUGCAGCGCACUAUGAAACAAAGGGACUGUGGGAAAAGGAUUGGAUUCCAGUUCUUCAAGCAAAGCAAUCUUAUUUUGCUGCAGCUGCUGAAUUUCAUCAAUCAAAAGUUAAUGAAGCUUCAAAUAAAUAUGGUGAAAGAGUUGCACGUUUGCAGAAAGCUGAAAAGUUAAUAAAUGAUGGUAUAAAAAAUGCUGGCAACCUCAAUAUUCCUGACCUAAAGAACUUGGCUGGCCAUAUUUCUAAAAACCUUGUGCAAGCUAAAAAGGAUAAUGAAUUUAUUUACUUGGAUAAGGUUCCAGCUCAAGAUCAGCUAACACCUGUUGAACGUGCUACACUUGUUAAAGCACUUCCUAUAUCUUCACCAAUGUCAACUAAUUUCCAGGAUUUGUUUACAAAACUUGUACCAAUGUCUGUUCAUCAAGCUCUCUCGACCUACAAUGGUGCAAAAGGUGCUCUCAUCAACAGUGAAGUUGGAAAACUGAGGGAAGCUACACACUUUAUGAAUGGGGUGUUAGCUUCUUUAAAUUUACCAGCAGCAAUUGAAGAUCUCUCAGGUGAAAAGGUUCCCCAAUCAGUAUUGGAAAAAUCAUCAGAAAUAAAAGAAAAGGGUGGUUUGCAGAUAAUAGACCAGAUGAUUCAGAAUCUCCCUGAUCUUCUGGAAAGAAAUCGAGAAGUUCUUAAUGAGGCAUUUCGCAUGAUGUCAGAAGAAGAGCAAGAAGACCAGAAAAUGCGUGAAUAUUUUAAAGAAAGAUGGACUCGUACACCAUCUGCAAAAUUAACUCAGCAGUUAAAAGAGGAAGGAGCUAAGUACAAAAGUAUCUUAGAUAAUGCUACAAAUGCUGAUAACAUAGUAAAAGCAAAGUACAAUGAACACCGCAGAGGGUUGGAUAUACUUUCAAAAUCAAAUGAAGAAAUUGCUAAUUCUCUUCCAAAAGUUGGGGCAACUACAUCAAGCAGCGGCAUGGAAGCCGUCAAAGAACUACGAUUUCAUAUGCAACAGGUGGAACAAAUAAAGAGAGCCCGUGAAGAAUUGGAAGAAGAAUUUAAAAGUGCCACUGUUGAUAUUCAAAGCAAAUUUUUACAAGCUUUAGCCGCUGAAGGUUAUCUUGAUUGCCAAAAAAUAGUUGAUCAGAAUAUAGAAGAUGUUUAUGCUGGUUUGAGAACUCAAGUUGAAAAAAGUAUAGAAGACCAAAAAGUGCUCUUAGAUAAAAUACAGGCAGCUUAUAAUAAUUUUGCUGCAGCUUCAAGCGGAACUGGUGCUAAUCCACGUGAUCAAAUGCUUAAAGACUUAGCAAGUGCAUAUGAUGCUUAUAUGGAGUUAACAAGUAAUCUUCAAGAAGGAUCAAAGUUCUAUAACAAUUUGACAGAGCUUCUGUUGAAGUUCCAGAAUAAAGUUGGAGAUCUUGUUUUUGCUCGAAAGACUGAAAAAGAAGAUCUCACCAAAGAUCUCCAGCUAGAAGCAGCAAAGGGUACAACGGCUCCAACUCCUAGCAUACCUGUACAUUAUCAACAACAGCCAGUUAAGCCAGAUAGACCACCUCCUCCUAACACUCAGCCAACCCCUGCGCCUCGUGCUUCACCACAAAAUCAACCUUCUAGCAAUCCUCCACAGCAACCGCAAUAUAAUCCGUAUCCUACUCAACCAACGCUUAUGCCUCAACCUGGUUAUUAUGGGCCUCCUGGUGCAAUGCCAUAUCCAUCUUUUCCGUUUCAUCCGAAUUAUGGGGAGUAUCAUAUAAAUCAGAGUCAAGUAAUGCCUGGACAAUACAUUCCUCCGUAUAACCCACAGCCACCUAUGGGAUACCAGGGUUACCAGUGGCAACAAAGACCGUCUCAACAAUAAAAUGUUCUUAAAAGAUUUAAAUAAUUAAAAAAAAAUUAUCCUUAGUAUGGCGGAUAAAAAUUUCCCCCACAAUGAUUCUAUCACGAUUCUACUUCAACUUAUCUUUUUUUUUUU